UUCUUCCAUCCACUCCAUCAGUUCUUUGGUUUGCUUUCAAUGGCGCUUUCUUGGGGCUUUUUUGCACUGGUCUUAAUAUUUGCUCUCUCUGGUGUUGAGCCUUCAGCAUGCCAUCAAGUGAAGGGCUCGGUCUCUUGUCUCGAUUGCACUCACCAUGAAAGCCUCUCCGGCCUCAAGGUGGUAGUGAAGUGUGAUAAAGUGAAAAAACUGUCAAUGGCAACAACAGACAACACUGGCUCCUUCGAGACAGAGCUUCCAACUGACUCUUCAGUGCCUUCUUCCAACUGCCUUGCCAAGCUCCUGGGUGGCCCAAGACAGCUCUGCUCCUACAAGAAAAACCUGGUCUCUAAGAUAGUGAAGGCCCAUGAGACUGAUGCCUAUACCAUCUCUACUCCUCUCAACUUCUACACUUCAUGCUCUCAAGAGUCCAAGAACCCAUCAUCACCAUCUUCUUCAUCUUCAACUCAAACACCAGAGAUAGGGUCCUCAAAGACUAUUAAUAUACCCCUACCACCAGAGUGGGGCCUUGCACCAUCUAGUUAUUAUUUUCCUUUCUUACCCAUCAUAGGGAUACCUUAACUAUUAUCUAUUCCUGUAUGUCUCUAAGUAUGUAAGGAGAAGAAACCUAAAUAAAAGUUAGUAUAUUUGUGCUGUGUGUUGUAUGUGGAGAUUUUGAUAACUAAACUUUUAGUAGUUCUUUCCCUUGUAUUAGUGUCAUAUGAAGCACUUGUGAUAAGAAAUUUCUUUCUACUAUUAGAAAUUACGAGUAA